AUGGUAGGAAGCCCGCUGUGGAAAGACUAUUUUUUCACAUGGAAGGUGAGAAUUCUGUUUACUUACAAAGACUUUGAGCAAAUUGGUAAUGUUCUACUCAAACCAAGUGUUACAGAAUCUAUGUUUACUGCAUGGUUUGAAGCGAACAAAAAAUAUCAUGAAGCUAAGUUGUUGACAUAUAGUGAUUUUGUGACAAAAUUUGUUUACCAAAAGAAAAAUAGGACUUGGAAGCCUAGAAAAAAAGGGUAUACAAUUGGUCGUCUCAUUUGGGUUCCUCAAAGCACAGGUGAAUUAUUUUAUUUACGAAUGAUGCUUACUGUUAAGAAAGGACCAAAAAGUUAUGAAGACAUCAAAAAGGUCAAUGGUUCACAACAUAACUCUUUUAGAGAAGCAUGUUUUGCAAUGGGAUUUCUACAAGAUGAUAGAGAAUUUAUUGAGGCCUUAAAGGAGGCACAUAAGUGGAGUUCUGAUGAGCAGAAACACAUUUACUUUAAUGUCAUGGAUGUCGUAGAAAGACAAAAUGGUGGUGUGUUUUUUUUAUAUGGCUAUGGUGGAACAGGUAAAACAUUUAUGUGGAACACUCUCGCUGUUUCUAUUCGUUAUAAACAUAAAAUUGUAUUGCCUGUGGCAUCAAGUGGAAUUGCAAGUCUAUUGUUACCAGGUGGGAGAACAACACAUUCUAGGUUUAAGAUACAUGUCCCUACUUUGCAUUCAUCAAUUUGCAACAUUGACAAAAAAGAUGAUCUUGCCGAGCUUUUAAAGAUAACAGAUCUUAUUAUAUGGGAUGAGACUUUGAUGGCUAAUAGAUUUUUCUUUGAGGCUCUUGAUAAAUCCUUGAGAGACAUUUUGAUUGAAAUUCCACAGACUGCAAAUAAAUUAUUUGGAGGCAAAAUAGUUAUUUUUUGUGGUGAUUUUAGACAAAUCCUUCCCGUUGUUCCAAGAGGUAGUAUAUCUGAUAUUAUUCAUUCAACUAUCAAUGCUUCUUAUAUUUGGGAUCAGUGCAAAGUCCUCAAACUUACAAAAAAUAUGCGCCUACAAAGUGGGACAACUUCAAAAUAA